GAGUGUCGUAAAUAUAUUGUUUACUGAGGCAAGGUAUGCCGUAAAUCGAUCUUACAGUAACGUAGUUGUGGCGCUGUGUGGAAAUUCCAGGGUUAUAUUGCAGGUUUAACAAGAGGAUGGCUGCAUCGUCCUCGUCUUCUUCAGCUGGUGGAGUCAGUGGCAGCUCCGUCUCUGGAUCAGGGUUUAGUGCCUCGGAGCUCGUUCCACCCCAGAAAGUACUGUAUACCUACCCCAAAGGCGCUGGGGAAAUGAUGGAAGAUGGCUCUGAUAGGUUUUUGUGUGAAUCCGUGUUCAGCUUCCAGGUUGCGUCAACUCUGAAACAGGUGAAGCAUGAUCAACAGGUGUCUCGAAUGGAGAAGCUUGCAGGCUUGGUGGAAGAAUUAGAAGCUGAUGAGUGGAGAUACAAACCAAUCGAACAGCUGUUAGGCUUCACACCUUCAUAAAUGUAAAGGCAGUAGGACACAUGAAAAAAAAAUGCCACAAUUACUUGUAAACUGUGAUAUUGUUAAUUUCUUAUUUCACAGUAGCUAUCCUGGGAAAUGCUAAUGCACACUAUAUAUGGUGGGAAAUCCCUUUUUACAAAUUGCAAGCUGAUGUAUUCAUUUGAAAACAAAAUACAAUUAAUAUAUACCCUGUUAUGUUUAAAGGAAUUGCCUUUACAUAUGUGUCCAUUAAUUUGUAAUAUGCACUGUGUAUAUGAGGUUAUCCUAUCCUAAAAUCCCCCUAUCUGGGGAAAAAAAAAAAAAUUGUAUUUUUGUGAACA